CACUGAAUCAGGCUCUGAAUAUGUCCCAGGAACCUGACCAAGUUAGAGAGUUAAUUCUAACUAACUUCUAUCUUCAAUGUAAUAGUACACCCGUUGUUUUUUACUGGCCAAAUAUAUUGGAGUAUGAAUUUUAACCUCAGUCCUAACCAAACACAAACUCUCCACCAACCGUUCUAAAGUUUUACGUUUACCUACCGCCUCUCUCUCUCUCUGUGUCUCUCUCUGUUGCAGCAAGACAUGGAAGCUCCACUUCUGAGCAAUGAUGUGUUGGCCAAGGACAACAACAAGAACAAGAUUUGGAGGAGAUCUCUGUGGUUCCUUGUUGCAUUUAUAGCCAUUACAAUUGUAGGCCUUAUAGUCAGUGGCAGUGACUUAAGUUCCUGGGCACUAAGAGGAGGAAGCAAGUAUGAUACAAAAAUUGGAGCUGAUAAUACUGAUAUUGUUCAGUCAGAACAUGGUGUUGUUGCUGCCGAUGAUGGACGUUGUUCUGAAAUUGGCGCAUCCAUGCUUAGGCAGGGAGGGCAUGCUGUUGAUGCUGCAGUGGCAACCGCAUUGUGUGUCGGUGUUGUUAAUCCUAUGGCAAGUGGGAUUGGAGGUGGAGCCUUCAUGAUGGUCAGGUCCUCCUCAACCUCACAAACCCAAGCUUUUGACAUGAGGGAAACUGCUCCGUUAGCAGCUUCAGAGAAUAUGUAUGAGAACAAUCCCAUGUCCAAAGUUGUUGGUGCACUUGCAAUGGGAGUUCCUGGAGAGAUAGCUGGCCUUCAUGAAGCUUGGUUGAAAUAUGGCCGUUUGGCUUGGAGAACUUUAUUCCAACCUGCCAUAAAACUUGCUAAAGAUGGAUUUGUGAUCAAACCUUAUCUUGGAAAUUACAUUACUAGGUAUGCAAAGAUAAUCAUGAACGACCCAGGUUUAAGCCAAGUAUUUGCGCCAAAUGGGAAGGUGUUAGAAGCAGGUGAUACAUGCUACAAUGUGGAACUCAGUCGCAGCUUAGAGGCAGUGGCAGAGGAGGGGCCACAAGCUUUAUACAAUGGGACUGUUGGUGAGAAGUUAGUGAAGGAUGUGAGAGAGGCAGGUGGAAUUUUGACAAUGGAGGAUUUAAGGAAUUAUACGGUGGAGGUGACAGAUGCAAUGGCUGUGAAUGUGAUGGGCUACACUAUACUUGGAAUGCCACCUCCUUCAAGUGGAACACUCGGCCUUUCUCUGGUUUUAAACAUCUUUGAAAGCUAUGGAAAUUCCAAUGCUGCAAAGGGAGAUCUUGGUCUACAUCGCCUGGUUGAAGCACUGAAACACAUGUUUGCUGUUCGAAUGAACUUGGGUGACCCUAACUUUGUUGACAUAAGUAACUAUACAUCUGACAUGCUCUCCCCAUCUUUUGCGAAGCAAAUUCAGCAAAAGAUACUUGACAACACCACUUUCCCCCCAGAAUACUAUAUGAGCAGGUGGAGUCAGCUUAGAGAUAAUGGAACCAGUCAUUUCUGCAUUGUAGAUGCAGAUAGAAAUGCUGUAUCAAUGACCACUACUGUAAAUUAUCCUUUUGGAGCAUUGGUUCUCUCUCCUUCUACUGGGAUUGUGCUGAAUAAUGAGAUGGAUGACUUCUCUACACCCACAGAAAUUUCGCCUGACAAACUCCCUCCUGCUCCUUCAAAUUUUAUCAAACCAAAUAAGAGACCAUUAUCUUCAAUGACUCCAAUCAUUGUUACCAAGGAUGAUGAGCUGGCAGGGGUCGUUGGUGGUAGUGGUGGUAUGAACAUAGUUCCAGCAGUACUCCAGGUUUUUCUUAACCAUUUUAUCUUGGGGAUGGAACCAUUAGCUGCAGUUGAGAAUCCAAGAGUUUACCACAAGCUAAUACCUAAUGUGGUUUGUUAUGAAAACUGGACUGUGAUUGAUGGCUAUCACAUUGAGCUUUCAGACGAAAGAAAGAUUUUCUUAAAAGAGAGGGGUCAUCAACUGAAGGCCCUGGCAGGAGGAGCCAUCGUCCAGUUGGUUGUUCAAACCUUCCAAAACCACAUUUACAUGGGAAGAAAAAGUGGAAAAUAUUCUAAUGCCAAUCUUUUCCAUGGUACACUCACUGCUGUUAGUGACCCUAGAAAGGAUGGGAGGCCUGCAGCUGUGUAGUCGCCACUUCUGUUGCAGGUUGAAAUGUUGUGAGGGACGGAGAGAAGGCUUUCAGUUGGAGCAUUUUCAAGCUUGGCCCCUUUUGUUGUAACAUAAAAAAGGUUAUAUCUAUAUAUAUAUAUUUUUUUUGUAAAUGUUAAUAUCAAUUCGGUCUACAAUCAUUCAGGCAUUGUCUUAACCAAUUCCAAUAAAACUAUAAAGAUUAGAUAAA